CCGUGAGGAGUUGUUCUCUUUCACCUUGAAAACCGAAAAAGUCGGAGAGGAGAAAAUCGAAGCUCAUUGCUGAAGACUUUUUGUUCUCCUUGUUUAUGGUUUUCAGCCCUGGAACCGAAAUUGCAAGGCUGAUGAGUGUGGGAUAAUAAUAUCUCACUCAGUGUUAAUUAUCCCUCAAUGUGUUCGGUUGAGAAGAAGGUUGUGGCUCCGAAUAACACCAACUUCACACUUGGUCGACCACACUCAGACGAAAGAACAAACUAGAUCUCGAUCAUACGAUGGAUAUGAGGCUUUGGUUUCGCCAGCACGAGACGGAUUGCGAGAGAGGUACUCAGUUCUAUGCCUGCUCGAAAGGUGCAUAUAGAGGAUGCUGUUCGGUAGACCCUUGCGACACUGGGAUAUGUCCAGACGAUGAGAAGAAUGUGAACAAAACAUCGCCCUUUACUACCAGCACCAGCCGGGCUUUGCGGCCAACCCCGACUUCUUUUCGAACUACAUUGUCUAGCACCAGCACAACUUCAUCGACGACGAUAGAUACAGAAUCUACUCUACCCCCACCACCCACCAGACCGAUGAUACCCACAGCAUCUACGACGUCCACAUUUAUGUCGUCAACACCAGCCAGCAGUUCUUCGCUUAUACCAGCUACUGGAAUAGUGACAUUACCUAUACCAGAGGCAACAAUCGUUCACUCGGGGCCCAGUCGAGGAGCCUUCAUCGGAGGUAUUGUAGGCACCGUGGUUAUUGCGCUGCUCCUUCUCAGUGGCGCAUUUUUCUGGUUCCACAUUCGGCACAAGAGGAAGAAAGCUGGAAAAUGGAGAGGAAGCUGUGCGGUGCUGUUGUGUCGGCAUCAGAAGGAGGCCACGGAAAGUAUCACCAGUCCAACCAUAGAGAAGGCUCCAGAGCCAGAAGCCUGUGGUGAACCAUGCGGUGAGCUUGAUGGAAGUAAACAUCGGGCAGAAAUGUUUGCUCCUUCAGAGGGCUCCAGCUUUGCCGGAAGUCCAAGAAUAUAUGUUGAUUCGCCAUCUAUCGGCUCGUCUACAACGAUCACCCCCAGCACACAUAGCAUAGCCUGGUCUAAUGAAAAGAUAGUCUCGCAAGGCACUGUCUCGGCUCCAUUAAGAGGUCUUGGUACUUAUUCUGCCGUACGUCCGGGGAGUGCUAUAACCACCAUUUCAGAACUUCCGGGUACCACAAAUCCACCGCAACCACCAGUUCCACGAGAGCUAGAGGGCUCUUCUACCGGUGAAUCCUCCCCUCACAAAUCUCCACUUUCACCUACAUCACAACAGGUAUCUCAGGGUGUGAAAUUAACUGUAACGACACCUGAGGGCGUCGUCCUACGGCCGAACCUGCAUGAUUCCCCAGCUCAGCAGCACCCGCAAUGCCAGGAACUCGAAACACCAGCACAUGUGAUGAGCUUCAUGGAUUAUCCGGACAAACCUCACAAGAGAGAUGAAUAUUCUUCAUAA